AUGGUGUCGCCUCAAGUAACCAACAUGGCUGUCAUCCUUGUGAUGAUGCAGCUGGCCAAGAAGAUUCCGUUCGAGAACCCGGAGAUUCUGAUGAUGGUCCGGGGGUUGUACGUCUUGUCCAACUUGAUCAUUUUGAGCAUUUACCUCUUUACGCAAAAGAAGAUCAAUACGAAGAAGGACAUGACGACCCUCAAAUACGUCGAACCCGCUCCGAUGGGUAGCGGCGAGGAACCCCGUCCCGUGACGACGACCAACAUGGACUACGACAAGUCGCAGCUGCGCCAGCUGAUCAAGAGCCAGUUGAUGGGCGUUGGCAUGAUGGGCGUGAUGCACCUGUACUUCAAGUACACCAACCCGCUGCUGAUCCAGUCGAUCAUCCCGCUCAAGAGCGCUCUCGAGUCGAACCUGGUCAAGAUCCACGUUUUCGGCAAGCCGGCCACCGGUGACCUGCAGCGGCCGUUCAAGGCUGGCAACAGCUUCAUGAACCAGGGCCAGGUCAAGAGCGACAAGGCGUCUGUUGAGCAGGCGGAGAAGAACUGGCGUGGUGGUGUCAAGGAGGAGUAA